AUGCAAUCUAUUUAUCAAGAAAAUGAACUCUGCUAUCCACAACUCAACUCAUCAUGCAAGAAGACCAUGCAUGCUCCUGCAGUAUCCAUGCUUAUUUAUGUCACUCUAUUCCUGAUCUCUCUUCUUACUGUGAUUUCUAACUUACUGGUCAUCAUCACUGUCUGCCACUUUAAGAAGCUCCACAGCCCCACCAACAUCCUCUUGCUCUCUCUGGCUGUUUUAGAUUGCAUGGUCGGGUUCCUCAUCUCAUUUCAAAUUAUGCUGAUAGAUGGAUGCUGGUAUCUUGGGGACAUCAUGUGUUCCCUCUACUUUGUUUCAGAUUAUGCAAUUACCUCUGCUUCAGUAGGAACUAUGGUCCUUAUUUCUGUUGACCGCUAUGUGGCAAUUUGUCACCCCUUACAUUACCCUAGUAAAGUCACAGCAGAAAGAGCAAAGAUUUGUGUCAUAGCAUGUUGGAUUUCCUCUGUUCUUUUUCACAGUCUUCUGUUGAGGAAUAACCUGCAAAAACCAGGCAGAUAUAAUUCCUGCUUUGGAGAGUGUGCAGUUGUUGUUGAUUAUAUAGGAGGAAUUUUUGAUCUCUUAUUGUCCUUCAUCGGUCCAGUCACUGUGAUUAUUAUUCUAUAUGUGAGAGUGUUUGUGGUAGUUGUGGCUCAGGCUCGGGCCAUGCAGUCUCACGUGGCAGAUGUGUCACUCCAGAGUUCAGUAAGUGUCACAGCUAAGAAAUCUGAAAUGAAGGCAGCUGUCAUCCUUGGGGUUGUUGUAGUUGUGUUUCUUAUAUGCACCUGUCCCUACUACUGUGUUACUCUUAUGGCUGAGGACGAUGGUGUCAGUGCUUCAUCUGUAGCCUUCCUUCUAUUCUAUUUUAAUUCCACUCUGAACCCUUUAAUCUAUGCAUUAUUUUACCCUUGGUUUAGGAAAUCAGUUAAAUUAAUUGUUACACUUCAGAUCCUGAAGCAAGGUUCAGGUGACACCAAUAUUAUUUGAAGAACAUUGAGAUGUUAAAAAGAGAUUUUAAAAUAAGUAAUCAAGAGAGUGUUCCUUAUAUAAAUAGUACCUAC